AUUUAGAACUGUAUUAUAUACCAUACAAGAUUCGACCGAAACCGUCGCUCCUCUCUCUCUUCCGCCGCUCCAUCGUUCUUUCCCAGACGUUUCCGAUUCGACGAUAAACGAGGUUGUACAGUAACUAAAUACGAGAUGGUCCAGAAAUAGCGAUGCAGGAGGAGGAGGAGGUGAAAACGUUGGUGUGGUGGAACAUCAGCAGCUGUCCAAUUCCCCCUGGUUAUGAUCCCCGUCAGGUCGGUCGCAGGAUAGUAUCCGCUUUGAAGAAUUCAGAAGUCUCUGGUCCUGUCACCAUUACAGCCAUAGGCAGACUAACACACAACCCUAAUGCCCCUGACGAUGGUGUCUUGCCAGAGCUGUCUUCCUCUGGAAUCGCUCUUAUAUAUUCAAAAGAACUACAAACAAAUUUGUUUAUGUGGAUGGAGAGGAAUCCACCACCGGCUAAUAUAAUGCUAAUAUCUGGUCCUAAGGAACUGGAAAGUCUAGCUCGUACUCUUUAUUCCAUAGAACUUGAUGGAUACACAAUUUUUCUGGCAUAUCCCCACCGCGAUCCAGCUUCAGCCUGGCUCUGGAAAAGCUUUCUGUUUGGGGUUGAUAAAGAGUGGCUCUGGACAAGCAUACUAGGAGCAGAUGUGGAUUCAGGGUCUACGAGUAAUAAUAAACAGGAGCCAACAAGACUUGUUCUUCAGGACAAGUGCAGUGAAACUGGUGAAUCUCCCUGGUCCUGCUCAAUGUGCUUUUUUGCUGGCCAAAACUUUGAAGAUCUCAGCAUUCAUCUCAAGAGUGACGACCAUAAAAAUAAUGCUUUGGACUUGGUGAAAAUGGCUGAUGUUAUGAAGCUUAACCAAAUUAAGACUUUGGGCUUCCCAGUGUUUGGUACUCCAGAACAUAACCCGGAAAUGGUGGAUAUGGUCCAAUUAAAGGAAGAAGAAGAAAACGAGGAGGUCAAAACGUUGGUUUGGUGGAACAUCAACAGUUGUCCGAUUCCCCCUGAUUAUGAUCCCUGCCAGGUCGGUCCGAGAAUCUUAUCCGCUUUGAAGAAUUCAGAAGUCUCUGGUCCUGUCACCAUUACAGCCAUUGGCAGACUAACACACAACCCUAAUGCCCCUGACGAUGGUGUCUUGCGAGAGCUGUCUUCCACUGGAAUCGCUCUUAUAUAUUCGAAAGAACUACAAACAAAUUUGUUUAUGUGGAUGGAGAGGAACCCACCUCCAGCUAAUAUAAUGCUAAUAUCUGGUCCUAAGGAACUGGAAAGUCUAGCUCGUACUCUUUAUUCCAUAGAACUUGAUGGAUACACAAUUUUUCUGGCAUAUCCCCACCGCGAUCCAGCUUCAGCCUGGCUCUGGAAAAGCUUUCUGUUUGGGGUUGAUAAAGAGUGGCUCUGGACAAGCAUACUAGAAGAUGAUAUGGAUUCAGGGUCUACGGAUAGUAAACAGGAGAUAACCAGACUUGUUCUUCAGGACAAGUGCAGUGAAACGGGUGAAUCUCCCUGGUCUUGCUCAAUGUGCUUUUUUGCUGGCCAAAACUUCGAAGAUCUCAGCAUUCAUCUCAAGAGUGACGACCAUAAAAAUAAUGCUCUGGACUUGGUGAAAGUGAUGGGUGUGGUGAAUCUUAACCAGGCUUUGGACUACACAGUGUUUGGUGCUCCAAAACAGAACCAAUUAAAGAAAACGAGCAAGAAGAGGAAGUUUGAAGGUAAAGUAGAGGAGGACGCCGAAGAAGGUAAAAUAGAGGAGGAUACCGAAGAUGGUAAAGUAGAGGAGGACUCUUAACUAGACGAAGAAGAAUGGUACAUGGCCCAUGGGGAUGUUGUUCUUCUCUAAGGCAUUUCAUACGUUCAUGGUUUGUUGGGUUAUAACUUAUGCUAAUCUAGUCACGCUCUAAACUAAUGCUUUUUCAACAUCUUAUUCGGGGAAAACCAUGUUUUUUACUUAUGGAGGCCGGAUCACGUAGAAGUAAUCACAUUUCACAUGCUUCAUUAUCAUUAA